AGUACAAUGUAAACACUCUGUGGCUCACCACGGGCUUCCGCAGCGGCUGCUGUUGCUCCGCUAUGGAAGACAGCCUGGUCCGUGCCCUCGAAGGCCUCAGCCUCCAGCAGCCCCGUGCCCAAGGCCGGAGGCCUCCUCGCAGGCGUCGCUUCAGCAAAAGCCUCUACUUGCUCCGAGGCCUGCCCGGUUCCGGGAAAAGUACCCUGGCCAGGCAACUGAAACGUGAAUUUCCCAGUGCAGCCAUUUUCAGCACUGAUGACUACUUCAUGGAGGAUGGCAGCUAUGUUUUUGAUCCCGAUUCUCUGGAAGAAGCACACCACUGGAACCAGAAAAGAGCACGUAAAGCAAUGAAGAAUGGGAAAUCCCCAGUUAUUAUUGAUAAUACCAACAUCCACGCUUGGGAAAUGAAGCCAUAUGUGAUAAUGGCACAUGAAAACAGCUACGAAGUUAUAUUUCAAGAGCCAGAUACACAUUGGAAAUUCAAUGUUCGGGAGCUAGCCAGACGGAAUAGCCAUGGUGUCCCACAAGAGAAAAUAAAGCGGAUGAAAGAACAAUAUGAGCAUGAUGUUACCUUCCAUUCUGUGCUUCAUUCUGAAGAACCACCCAGACAUUUCCAUAGGUCCUAUGGAGUCUGCAACAACGGAGCUUAUUCCCAUCUGAAUACAACAUUCCCUAACAGAAGAGCGAAUAGCAACUCUACCAAUGAAAGGUCUUUUAAUAGGAGAAGUGAUUUCCACAGGGUCUUUUAGAGAUUUUUAUUAAGUUGUAUAAGAUUUUUUAUAUAUAUUUGUAGCAAUUUUGUUCCUUAAAUAUUUUUAUUUUUCUACUGAACUUUAUUUAGGUCUAAAAUCUCCAUUUUUAGACCUCAAUUUUUUCACUUGAAUGUGAAAAAAAAACCUAUUACAAUAUCCAUCUGAGCCAACCCACACUUGGAGACCAAUGAGCAAUUAUGAUCUGUACAUCAUUCUUCCCAAAAUUAGACUAGUCCCCAACCUCUUAUUUUUAGUUUAUUUCUGCAGCCUUGUUAAUGCCAGUUCUUAUACUCAACAAUUGUUUUUUACAAGAUGGAUCUUCUUAAGAGUGCAUACAUGAAAAAGCACCAUAGUAUUUAUUAGCAAUUCAACUACUAUGGUGUAUCAGAAAGUAUUUCCUUAGGUCAGGGUGCUCAUAUGGUACUAGUGGCAAGGGAAUAGUAUCCAUGUUGACAGUGGUGCUAUAGAGCGUUUGAAAUUAACUCCUAGUAAGAAGCAUGCACAGAAGUUAUAUCUCAGAUAAAUCGCCAUUACUGUGCCAACAAGUAUAAUCUUACUAUAGUGCAACAGUGAUAGUUAGAAGUCUAAUCGUGCAAGCCUGUGCACAUCUACUUAGAUUUUCUCCCACGUAAAUGUGUAUAGGAUUGGAGCCUAAGGGGCUGUCUUCAUGGUGCUGGGUUGGCACCAUCUCCCUCCCAAACCCAACGCUGAGGAGGGAGCAUGGGGUUUCUGGGUGGUCAUCCAGGUGUCUUCUUCCUGAUGGAAGGAAACCAAUCGCCAGUUGCCUUCCACCAGGCACUGUCCCCAGAUUGUAACCGGAGCAACGUCUGAUGGCGAAAGUGCCACAUUGAUGUCACUCCAAUUGAAAGUCGGGGUAAAUCCCCGACUUUUUGAAACCCUAUUGCGGAGAAGCUUUGCAGUGACUGUGAAGCUGUGCCUGCAUCGUCUAAUUGACGCAGUGCAGAUCCACAGCCACCUUGGGGCUUUCCCCAUGUAUAGAAAGCCCCCUUGGUCUUCUGAUUUCCAUCAAUAUUAUUUUCUUACCAUUGGUGGUAUUUGCUUCUUUUUACAAAGCCUUAGGAUUGUAUGCCAUAUGAGAGCCUUCCCUAAAUCCUGGCACACCUGUUCAUUUUGCAAUGUAAAAAUAGGGGGCUGGAUCCAAUCUAACAGUGCAAUCUUAUGCAUGCUCACCAGCCCUACAGCUCUUCUAUGAUAGAAAUUUCUCUUUAUAUCAAGAAAAUAAAAAUAGGGCAGUUAUUAUGAGUAAUAUAAUAUCCGUCCAUCUAUCUCAUAACGCUGCAACUUCAGAUAUCUUAAAUUACUGGUUUUCUUUUAAUUAACUUAACAGAAUGAACCAAUCUGACUACAUUCCUAUAGACAGAGCAGGACAGUAUUUAAUUCAUUGCAAAAGUAAGGGUUGUACAUUUUUGAUGUUUUUAGACUUAGCUGGAAUCCUGUUUUCUUGAACCAUGUGUAAUUAAUGUACAAAAGCAAAAGGGAGUCAAAUUAUAUUGACUGAAUCUUUUGAACUUUAUCCUGGACUUUUGGAAUCAUACAAGCAUGUAAUAAAAUCUAGGCAAAACCAAGAUCAAUGGUUUGUCUUAACUACACAUAGCUUGAGGCUGUAAGGGACUCAGAGAGCUUCAUUAGAUUCAUCCAAGAGCUUGACUAUGUUUGGCAUACAAUUUGCAAUUUCAGCAGCCCUCUUCUACACUGUACACCUUCUUCAGUUUAAUAUAGUGGCUUGUCACAUGGUAAAGACUGUUUGAAAAAGUCAGGGCUGGGUACAUUUUUUCAAAUUGUGGCUAUUGCAACCCAACCGCCAGUUGCCCAAAGCUUAAUACCAUGGAACUCAGCAGGGGUGGAGCCUAAAACAAAGCAAUGAAGAUAGGUGUUUAUAUGUUCUUUGAGUGUUUUAGUGGAUACUGUUGUGUGGUGUUUUGAGAAGCAGCAAAAAUGUAUGGGUUGAAUCUAGAAUAAGAUGCAUGCAACAUGGCUGAAAGAGGCAGACUUUCCCACCUCUAGCAGCCCUUCCAGCCCCCUACCCCAAUGCUACACAGAGGCUCAGGUGAUCCUGCUGUUUAAGGUAAGAUAAGUGGAAGGGCGAGAUCCUGAAAAAUACAGUGGAAGCAGCUUCUAUUGUCUACAUCUAAAUCUGGAACUAACCCAUUGUAGUUAACUUUUAAAAUUGUGUCUGCUGCUCCAUUGGUUUGAUACCACUAUAAGUGAGCAUACAUUUGUGCUGGAUUGUGGUCAUUUUGCACAUGCCUGGGCAUUGUUUAAUAUAAUGUUUGAACAUGAAUUUUAUGUAUGUUUAGAGUUGGUUUUCAAGGAUAUCUUUUUCCCUUCUGUUUUCCAGUAGUUUUAACAAAAGGCUAUUGCAAUAAGAAUAAAACAUGAAGGUCUUGCAAUAUUCAGCUUCUUUACAUAUUAAGCAUUUAUUUUCUCAAUUUUGGAAUGAAAAACAAGAUCCUUAAAACAAUUAGUACAUAUGGAACAUACUACAGAUCAGGUACCAUGUUGUUUUCACUUGCAAAUAAUAAUUGAUCAGGGAGUUUUUGUUUUUUGAUCAAACCAAAUUUUGUGAAUUUUUCGUUAUACAAACAGCAGUCAAAGUUGCUGAAAACCUACAGGGGUGCCCACCUGAUCGUGACCAAGUGCCCCCUCUUCCACUUGUUUCUCAUAACGCACCCUACAUGGUUUAGGAGGGCCUCCUGACCCUCUGUAGAGGCUUUGGGAGGCAUAUGUAAAGGGGUGGGGAAGUUCUCUUCCAUGAAUUUCCUUCCACUCAUGAUUCAAGUCAUUUAUAAAAAAAUGUUUCUGAUGUACACUGCUUAAACAAUUUGUAAAAAGUGGCAUUCUUCUUUAAAUAACUAAAUGAUGCUCAAGAUAAUAAACAAAACCAAUAACUUCUUUAAAAUUAGUGUUGUUGCUGAACUGGUACCAGACCUUUGAAUACACUUGUGUAAAACAUGCAUCUCCAUAACUUUCCUGGAAUUUGUAAAACUUACAGCCAUUCUUGUCUUAAGCUGCUUAUUGUAGAGCACACUUCCUUUCUUUAAUCUUUAUUUUGAGUUGAAAUAUGUGCAAUAGAUUAAUAAGUCUGUACAGACAUUUACAAUGUUCAAAUUGCAAAAGGUCAUUUAAAUAUUAAAACAUCCAAUAAAUUUACAGGGGCAUAAA